AUGCUUAGGGGGGAACUAUUUAAGAAGGUGGCGUUAAGCAAGCCACCAACCUAUCAAGGCGAACCUGAUCCAACCGUGUUGGAGAACUGGUUAAGGGAAUUUGAGAAACUGUUUGGGGCAGUAGGAUGCCCAGAAAAUUCGAAGGUGGGCUGUGCUACCUAUUAUCUCAAGGGUGAAGCUAACCUUUGGUGGCAACAAAAUGAGACUACCAUCAAAGCACUACCUGGUUUUAAUUGGACUACGUUUCAAGAGAAGGUCAGGGACAUGUUUUACCCUAAUUUCCUACAGAAACAGAAGGCUAAGGAAUUUUCUAACCUAACAAUGGGGGAUAUGUUAGUCACCGAGUAUUAUAACAAGUUUAUUGAGCUGUCAAGAUUUUCCAAGGAGUUUGUUGCUACAGAAAAGGCAAAAGCUAGGAAGUUUGAGAGUGGAUUGACCACUGAUUUGCAGCUAAAGCUGUGUGGACAAGUGUUCGAAACCUUAGAUGAAGUUUAUGGGAGGCACGAAGCUGAUACUACAAAGGAUGUUAUUACUGGUGCUUUUUCUAUUAACUCUAUUUCUGUUAAAGUUUUGUUUGAUUCUGGUGCAACUUUUUCUUUCAUUUCAAAAGCCACUGUUUCAAUGUUAUCACACUGUCUGAGAACCGAUUUACUAGAAAAGGGAUACAUUAGACCAAGUGCAUCGCCUUGGGGAGCUCCAGUGUCGUUUGUUAAGAAAAAGGAUGGGAGUAUGAGGUUGUGUAUUAAUUAUAAGGAGUUGAAUAAGGUCACCAUAAAGAACAAGUACCCAUUACAAAGGAUUGAUGACCUAUUUGACCAAUUGAGGGGCGCAUCUAUGUUUUCCAAGAUUGAUUUAAGGUCUGGAUACCCUCAGUUGAGGAUCGCAGAUGAGGAUAUUCCCAUGACUGCAUAUAGAACAAGGUAUGGACAUUAUGAGUUCACAGUAAUGCCAUUUGGAUUGACGAACGCUCCAGCAAUCUUUAUGGACUUGAUGAAUAGGGUGUUCCAUCCAGUUAUGAAAAAGUUUGUCGUGGUGUUCAUAGAAGAUAUACUGGUGUAUUCAAAAAAUAAAGAGGAGCAUGUGAAACAUUUUAGGGCAGUUUUACAAACUUUUAGGGAGAAUAAGCUUUAUGCGAAGUUUUCCAAGUGUGAGUUUUUGUUGAAGAAAGUAGCAUUUUAG